UGAUGGGCAAGUUUUCAACUCCUCACAUUGAUGUGUAGCAUCUGAUCUGCUAGAAAUAAACAUCUUUUUAUGCUAGAAAUAGAAUUCCUUGUAUGCUCAUGCUGGUUCGUUUCUGUUCUAUUCAUGGGGCAUAUUGGCUGGUGGUUUGUGAGAUGCCACUGCUAGUUUGUUGGGAUUGCAAGUCUGGUUUGUUGGGAUGUCACUGGCGGAUGUCUAAUUUGAAUGCAUCAGUGAACACACACGCAAUGCAUCCAAUAAUGCGUAGCAUCCAAUAAUUUAUUCACUAUACACAUGUCUGUGAGAUGGUACUGCUUGUUUGUUUGUUAUUCUGGUCCGCAAAUGCUGAUUGCAUAGUGUUCUUCAUGUCUGUAAAUAACCUAUGUUCUGGCAGCAUUUAAGUAAAUCACUAGAUCAGUAGAUCAUUUAAGUAAAUCACCUAUGUUCACAUAACCAAAGCACUAGAUCAGCAGUAAUGUUCCUCACUUCAUUUCUGUUGCUGCCCUUCUGUAAAUCAAUGCCCUUGUAAAUUGUUGAUUUUCAAUGUGCUUGCAUUCACUAAUGUCAAAUUUCUGUUAAUGUAGGUCAAGCAUGCCACCUUAUAAGCUGAUUGUGACAUAUGGGGCACGUUCUUACAAGAAUUACAAGGGCGAGCAGUGCACUUUCUCUUCUUGGAGCUGGGACAUUCAUGUAGAGAGGCUGACUAGUUACGAUCAACUUGUGGGGCUCAUGCAGAGUAAAUAUCCAUGGGGAAAUGAUGAGGGUGUUGUGUUCUCAAAGUGGAAUACUUGCAACCAAUAUUUUGCGCUAAUUCGCAAUGAUGAAGAUGUGGUUAUGAUGAGAAUCAGGAAGAAAAGGUUAUUAAGAUACUUGUCCAGUUUUGCAAGAAUGGUGAGGAGGAUGAGCUUGCUAUUAGUUUGCUUCAACCAAUCCAACCUCCAGCAAGGAACAUACCCAAGGUCAUACUGGAAGAGUUAACUCAAAAUUCUCAGUAUGAGUAUGAGAUACCUGAGGAGAACUUGGCAGGGCAACAAAGAUCUGAAGAGGGCUAUCAAGGAGAGGACCAUGUAGGAAUAGACGAGGAGGAGCAGUACCUUGAUGGCGGUGAGCAGGAAAAUGGAGGCGAGCAAGCCAAAUAUGCUGACCAUAAGGCAACCGAGGAUGUUCCCCAAGAUGUUGAUGAAGAUAGUGGUGAGCAGGAAGAGGAUAGUGAUGAUGAGGAAGCUGAUAGUGAUGAAGGGGCUGUUAGUGAUGAGGAUAGUGAUGGGGGCAUAGUGCAUGAUAUUCCAGCAAUAAGUUAUGACAAGGAUAAUCCACCUAUGACAAAAGGGACAUUAUUUCCCUCAAUUGAAGAGUUCAGAGUUGCACUUGCUACACAUGCCAUUGUCAAUGAGUUUAGCUACAAAACUGAUAAAAGUGAUCAAAAGAGGGUGACGGUUUCUUGUUCCUAUGAACCACCGGAAGGAAAAAACCCAUGCAAGUGGAGGGUGAAUGGUUCGAUCUUAUAUGACAACAAAACAAUUCAGGUGAAGAAUGAACCCAAGAUGCACACAUGUCCUAGCACACAAAGAGAUGGAAAGUAAAGGUUGCUAAGAGAAAAUGGAUUGCGGCCAGGGUGACUGAUUGGUUGAAGGGUGAUCCAAGUAUGACUAGCAUCGCUUUGAAGAAAAGGUUGUUCGAGAAAUACCAUGUCGAUAUCGAUUAUCAGAGAGUGCUUGCAGGUAGACGCAUAGCCUUGGACCAUAUAUUUGGGAAGUGGGAGGACAGCUUUGAGUGCUUGUAUAGCUGGCAAGCUGAGGUGCUUAGGAAGUGCCCAACAAGUAUUGUAGUGAUAAAUCACAAAGAGGUAGAAGGGCAGCAACAAUUCACAAGGGCAUUUGUGUGUUUUAGAGCUUGCAUUUAUGGAUUUCUGUCAGGAUGUAGGCCUUACUUGAGCGUUGAUGCCACUGCCUUGAAUGGGAAAUGGAAAGGACAGCUCGCAGUUGCUUGUGGUGUUGAUGGACACAACUGGUUGUAUCAUGUAGCUUAUGCUGUCUUCGAUUCGGAGACUAAAGAAAAUUGGGAUUGGUUCAUGGAGAAUCUCAAAUCAGCUAUUGGCACGCCGGAUGGCUUAGUCAUAUGCACAGAUGCGUGCAAAGGGUUGGAAACAGCAGUGCAUACGGUAUUCCCAACUGCUGAACAUAGGGAAUGCUUUAGACACAUGAUAAUGAACUUCAGAAAGAAAUAUCAUGGAAAGGUUUUUGAAGAAAAUCUAUGGCCAGCAGCAUACACCUAUUCUCUUGCCAAGCAUAAUCACCAUAUGGACAAAAUUAUGGAAGCCAAUCCAGAAGCUAUCGCAUACCUUGAUGAGUGGCAUUCUAAUUUGUGGAGCAGAAGCAAGUUCUCUAUGGCAUGCAAAUGUGACUAUGUGAUGAACAACAUAGCCGAGUCAUUCAACUCCAUGAUUAAGAAAUUGAAGGGUUUCCCUGUUCUUGAAUUAUUGGAUGCAUUGCGAGAAUGGCUAAUGGUCAGAUUUGAAAUAAGAGCUAAAAUAGCGGAGAAAUUUGUACGCAGACAUCUACAAAUUCUGCCAAGGAUCACCAACAUGAUGAACAAUAGAUCAAGGGGGAUUGUGCUAGUUGGGAUCUCUAGAAGUGAUGACUGCAAAGCAGAGGUCACUAUAAAGAUCCAUGGAUAUAACUGGAAGCAUUGUGUAGAUUUGGAGAAGUGGGAAUGCUCUUGUAGGCGGUGGCAAGUAACUGGACAACCUUGCCUACAUGCCAUUGCAUUCAUCACAAGUAUUAGAGGAGGUCGAGAGAUAGAUGACUAUGUGCAUGAGUACUACUCCGUGAAAUCAUUCAGCAAUGCAUAUGCAAAAAAUGUGCCCACCAUGACCGAUAAGAAACAAUGGCCAGUGGUCGAUGUUGGGUUCAAAUUGCACCCUCGUGUACUGAAAAAGGCUGCUGGUAGACCUAGGACACAAAGGAUAAAGUCAGCCUUUGAGAGCAUAUCAAAGAGAAGACACAAGUGCCCAGAAUGCAAAGAACUUGGGCAUUUGUUGAAGACAUGUCCAAAACUUCAUCCCGAACGCAAGACAAGAAACAGGAAAAGAAAAAAUGUUGAGCCAGUAGACAUCGAAGACGCAGAAGCUAUUGCCACAGAUGCUGAGACUAUGGGCACUACAAGUGCUGAAAAUGGUUCUACAAACAAGAGAAGAGGUGGUAAAAGGGCAAAGUCUAGCCCAGUUCUUGAAGCAUCUAAGAAGACUUCUGCUACCCAUGAUAGCCCAGCAAAGAACACAAGAAGCAAAUGUCCUCCGUCGAAGAACACAAGAAGCAAAAAAUGUCCUUCGGCGAAGAGCACAAGCAAAAACAAGUUGUGAACCUUGCUGUUUAGGAUGAUGCGCAACUACAUUUAUUCCUUUAUUUUGUGGAGCACUAUGCAUAUGUGAACCUUGCUGUUUAGCUGAUGAUGUUCCUAGACUUGGUUGUACUAUGUCUCAACUUGUGUGGAGCUGCUUUUGGGGUGGUCCAUAUGCAUGUGAACCAGCUGUUUAGAUUAGAUGAUGGAUUUGAUUUCUAUGAAGUAUUUUGUUGAUAUUUAGAAUGCCUUAACCUCUUUA